UGUCCCUCGGACAACAGAUCACCGAUCAACGGAAAGAGCCGAAGAUGCCGGCUUGGUCAUGUGAUCAGCUGUGGCACUGAUGAUCAGUGUGCCCUGAUGAUCAGUGUGGCCCCAGAAGUGCCACGUGCCAGUGCCCAUCAGUGCCACAUCAAUGCCACAUAUCAGUGCCUACCAGUGCACAUCAAUGCCACAUAUCAGUGCCCAUCUGAGCUGCCCUUCAGUGUCACCCAUCAGUGCCAGUCAGUGCCACCUAUCAGUGCCAGUCAGUGCCAUAUAUCAGUGCUGCCUUUCAGUGCCCAUCAGUGAUGCCUGUCAAUGCCCAUCAGUGCCACCUACCAGUGCCUCCUCAUCAGUG